CACACUGUGAGAGAAGGAGACAUGGAAGGAAAGCUGGGAUUGUCACAGAAGUCAAAUUGUGUCGUCCUCUUCAGAGCCGUGUGACGCAGAGUUUUAUUAUGGAGGACGUGAAGCCUGAGGGCUGGCGGCAGCUACUUCAGCCCCAUGGUGCAGCUGGCAAAAACAGCACAAGUCUCCUUCACAGGUCCUCAUCAUGGAGGAGGCCUGGGGAGCGGGGUUAUUACGAGGGCCCCGCAGCGCAAGUGAAUGAGCCCCCUCGCGGAGCUCGUCCGCUGAGCUGCAUAGAGGGUGGCAGGAUGGACAAAUGGCUUCAGACACUGGAGAGACUCCAAUCACGUCGGCUUCAGAAUCAAAUACCUCAGUUUGCGGACAGGACAGUAUCAAUGCCAGUUCUCCCGAAUGAGACAGUGGGAAGUAACCCACUAUGUCCUGAUGUUUCCUCUCUGCGCAGGAGGAAUCAGACCCCUAGCGUCUGUCCCAGUGUGUGUGAAAGCUCCUCGAGCAGCCUGGAGUCUGUUCACAUUAAAGCUGCUCCUGCUGCAGAAAGAGCUCAGUUCUGCGCUCUCGCUCCAGUUCGCUUCGGCUGGCUGCCCAUACAAAGACAUGUGAUACUGACGGACAUCUCUGACAACCACCAUGACAACAGUAGGUGCCAGCAGAAACUGAAGUCUCCCAUCACUCCAGUGUUGCUCAGCACUCCUGCCAAACUUAAUGGACCAAGACCAAAUGACAGAGAAACUUCGAGGCCUGAACCUGUAGGCUUUACAUACUGGAGGACACCUGAAAAAACACCAUCCAUCCUCCAUCAGUUCGGGCUCCAUGAAAAUAACUCGGCUGAUUUGAGCGCAUGCGUCGUCCUGGCCCUGAACACCGCUGCGGUUAUCGCCAACAUAAAUCUGCAGGCCCAGCAGAGAAGAACUACAUCCCACACAGCAACAGCAGUGAAAGUGUGUGCUCUGUGUGUGCAGGAGGCUUUAGCGAUCAGACGGCCUGAUUUCAUCCAGCGCUCACAGGCCAGAGUUCGAGCCCUGGAGAGGAGGUCGCAGGAGAGGCAGAACUCCCACAGCUCACCGCAGACACUCGAGAGCAGAGAAAGCCUUGUGAAAUCCAAAGACAGAAGCAUCAUGGGAAAGAGUUUACAGCUGCGGUCCAGGAAGAGUUAUAACCAGCUGCCUGAGGUGAAGAAGAGGAGAGAGGAAGAAAAGAGGAAAACAGAAGAGGAGAAAAGAAAACUGGCAUCUCGGACAAACAGGCUGCGGGCAGAGCUCUUUAAAAAGAAACUUCUGGAACAGAUUUUGCAGAGGGGAGGAAAUCACUGACACUGCCUUGGACUCGUGUUUCUUCUCACUCCACAGUUCUCAU